GCCGCGGAAGACGAGACGGCGGACCGUAGAUACCCCAAUAGAGCGAGGCGAGCGCCCGGGGAGUGGUACCGGGCGAAUAUGGCGACGGAGUCGGGGGAGCACCCCAAGGGGUCGGGGGAGCAUCCGGAGCCCCAAACGUAUCAGAAAGCCGUAGGGGGAGAAGAGAGUUUGCUCUGGCGGAGAUCGAUGGACGAGGAGAUGCGGUCCUUGUUGGAGAACGGGACGUGGGAGCUUGUCGAAAAACCGGAGGGGGUGAAGCCGAUUCCCAUGAAGUGGGUUUACAAGAUUAAGCGGGAUGCGCUUGGGAAUGUGGAGCGGUACAAGUCUCGCGUGGUGGCGAAAGGGUACCUGCAAAAGCAGGGAAUUGACUUCGAGGAAGUCUACGCCCCAGUGAGCAAGCACACGACUUUGCGGGCGCUUCUUGCGGUGGUUGCGGAGCGCAACUUGGAGUUGCACCAGUUGGACGUCAACGGCGUUCCUCAACGGUGA